UCCCUGGCUUUGACCCGGAAGUGAACGCUCAGUCUUCCGGUAGUCGACCAUUCAUCGACAUGGCGAGCGGGGGGCCCUCCGUGGCUUCUCUGUGGACUGAAGUGAACCGCUGCGGGCAGAACGGAGACUACACCCGCGCCCUGAAGGCUCUCAGUAAAAUUCUGCAGGAGAGCAGGGAUGACGUCACGGCCCUGCACUGUAAGGUGGUCUGCCUGGUCCAGAACGGGAGCUUCAAGGAGGCGCUGAACGUGAUGAACACGCACUCCAAAGUGCUGGGCAGUGAGGUUGUGUUUGAGAAGGCGUACUGCGAGUACCGCCUCAACCGGGUGGAGAGCUCCCUGAAGACCAUAGAGAGCGCCCCAGAGCAGACGGACAAGCUGAAGGAGCUGUAUGGUCAAGUGUUGUACCGGAUGGAGCGUUACUCCGAGUGCAGGUCUGUGUACACGGACCUGAUCCGGAACUCUCAGGACGAGUAUGAGGAGGAGAGGAAGACCAACUUGGCUGCUGUGGUUGCAGCCAUGAGUCAGUGGGAGCAGGCGCCCACGGAAGAUCUGGGUCUGUCUGAGGUGACCUACGAGCUCUGCUACAAUGCCGCCUGCGCUCUGAUUGGUCAGGGACAGCUGACCGAAGCCUUCAGCAAACUGCAGCAAGCAGAAGAGCUGUGCAGGGCCUCGCUGGCAGAGGACUCGGACAUGACUGAGGAGGACAUCGAGUCCGAGCUGGCGGUCAUUCACUCUCAGAUGGCGUACGUCAUGCAGUUACAGGGCCGGACAGAGGAGGCGCUGCAGCUCUACAACCAGGUCAUCAAGCUCAAGCCGUCGGAUGUCGGGCUGCUGGCUGUGACGGCCAACAACAUCAUCACCAUUAACAAGGACCAGAACGUGUUUGACUCCAAAAGGAAGGUGAAGCUCACCAGCGCUGAGGGUGUGGAGUACAAGCUGGCAAAGAAGCAGCUGCAGGCCAUCGACUUCAACAAAGCGCUGCUGGCAAUGUACACCAACCAGGCUGACCAGUGCAGGAAGCUGUCCUCCAGCCUGCAGACCCAGAACCCGGGUCACCCGCUGCCGGUCCUCAUCCAGGCGGCUCAGCUGUGCCGAGAGAAGCAGCACGCCAGAGCCAUCGAGCUGCUGCAGCAUUUUCUCGACCAGAACCCAGAGAGUGCUUCAGCUAUCAAACUCACCAUGGCUCAGCUGUAUUUGGUUCAAGGCCAUGUGACCAAAGCCUGUGACGUCCUGCGCUCCAUCGAGGAGUAUCAGCACAAAGCCGGGAUGGUUUCUGCGCUGGUGACCAUGUACUCCCAUGAAGAGGACAUUGACGGCGCCAUUGACGUCUUCAAGCAGGCCAUCGAGUACUACCAGGCGGAGCAGCCCGGAUCUGCAGCACACCUGGCACUUGUGCGGGAAGCAGCCAACUUCAAACUGAAGCAUGGGCGAAAGAAAGAGGCCAUCAGUGACCUGGAGCAGCUGUGGAAACAGAACACCAAGGACGUGUUCACACUGGCACAGCUCAUCUCUGCGUACUCUCUGGUGGACACAGACAAGGCCAAAGCCUUCAGCAAACACCUGCCGUCCGCAGAAACCAUGUCCUUCAACGUGGACGUGGACGAGCUGGAGAACUCGCACGGCGCCACCUAUGUGAGGAAGAAACCUGCUAAAGCGGUCGGGGAAAACCUGCCCACAGAGCCGGGGCAGGCAGAGGUCAAGAAGAAGAAGAAGAAAAAGAAAGGAAAACUUCCUAAGAACUACGACCCCAAAGCGACGCCCGACCCCGAGCGCUGGCUCCCCAUGAGGGAGCGCUCGUACUACAGAGGCAGGAAGAAGGGCAAGAAGAAGGAGCAGGUCGGGAAAGGCACGCAGGGAGCGACCGGAGGACCUUUAGCAGACCUGGAUGCCAGUAAAAUCGCCAGCAGCCCCCCCACUUCCCCCCGACCCGGUUCUGGGUCGUCCGCCGCCCCGUCUGCUGCCGUCCCCCCUCGACAACAGAAACCAUCGUCCUCUGGGGCCACGCGCAAGAAACAGGCUCCAAAGAAGAAGAAGGGCGGCAAAGGAGGCUGGUCGUGAUGAGCUCCAGCUUCAGGAGGACAUUUCUGCAGAGCAGCUCUUCCUUUGGAAGCUUCAGUCGUCUCAUCUCCACGACGAGCGCUUCUUAUGACUAUAAAAAUGUUUGCGAUCAUUUGAAAGAAAUCUCAUUUGUAAAAUUGUGUCAGACCAUUUUCUGUGACUGCACAAAUAAAGACUGUCCUCGUCGUUUUAGUUCCAUUUGGUUUGUAAAGUCACAGAGGUCAAAUGUCUUGAAGGAUUUUGAUUUUCAUUCACUCUUUAGAAAAUGUCCCCUGAGGUCGACUGUGUUUAAGGAAGAAGUUUUCUUUAGCUGCAAUAAAACACUAAAACAUG